ACAAAUGAACAAAUAUUUCAUUCAAUGAUUCAUUGAAUUAUCUUUGACGCAUCUCUCCAGAACCCGUUUGCGAAGGGAGGAUGGAGGAUAAUUUCGAAAAUAAGAAGGAGGAGUCGCCUGGAACCGUCUCCUGGACAUCCGAUCUCCGAGCUCUAGGGGACAUUAGAGACGAUUCUCAUUUACCGUGUGUUUGUAAGUUAUCAGCUGAUGACACCAAGGCAUUGCCCGCUGGACUGUCUAUAUACUGUGACCAACCCCUCUACAUGUACAUGAGGCGACAGAGAAAACAGGUGCUCGGACGGACCAUAUACCACGAUGCCAGUGGGCCGUACUACGAGGUGGGACAGACACUCAUCAUUCCUGACAAUUUUGAAGGUUGGUUUGAAAUUGUGCCAUCAGACUUUGGCAAAUCGAAAGUAUUUACCUCAAUAGAAGAAGUGUCAAAAAUCAUGCCAAGAAAAAUAUUCACACGGACAACAAUAACCGGAAUACGAAUAGUGGAAGAAAAUGGUCAACAAACAUUCAAGGAAAGAAAAAUUCCGGCGGGUUCCAUUCUUUUGGUUGAUAGUGCACUCUCUGCAAAAUGGGAGACUCGCGCAGAGAAGAGUGUUCGAAAGAAGAAAAUGGAAGAAUUGACCACGAUUGAAAUUCAGUACUUAAAAUGUACAGAUACAGACCAAAAAGAGGUCCUUGUCCCUUUUUCAACAAAGGGUCGGUUCAGUAGCGUGUAUGAAAAAGAUGCCAAUAACGAAAGGAGCAUAUACAGGAUAAAAGACCUUAUAUCAGACUUUGAUAUGCCAACAAUAGUUCGAUUAGUUUAUGGGAAAGCCCCGGUUGUUCCGUGUAUUUUUACGGGAAUGAUAGCUUUAAGAGAAACUGUCUCCGAGGAUGUUAUCAUUGCCAGUACAGUCAUGAACAAGAGAAACGUUUUGAUAGAAAUUCCAAUUUCUUCAUCCUGUGUUGUUUGUUUUCCGGAAAACGAAGAACCACUAAAGGGUUUGAAAACGUUUGAAGACGCUCAGAAACUUUGUGAAAAAUAUGCCGUGUCAUUUUCAUCGCUAAUAAAGUUAUCGUCUGAACUGGAUACACAUCACAUGAAAGUACAGUACAAUCCCAAAAUGUCUAAGGUCAAAGACUCGGGCUUGAAAACAUUGGAUUUAAUAACGAACAUCAGUCUAGCAGACGAUGAGCCUUCGGACAGGUUUAUGGAAUCGGAUAGUGACUCCAUUCAGAGCACGGACCAAUCAAUGCCGACGCGCGGAAUUUUCAAAUUGUUAGAAUUAACUGAACUUAAACGAAAGUCAACGGACUGCUAAUAGCUGUUGUGUUUUUUUGUUAAUUGAUUUCUUUGCUUGUUUUUUUUCUGAGACAAAUCACAAUUAGAUAUAUAUAAUUUUAGCAAUGAAAAUUUAAUUCUUUGAAAUUCUUCUCCGUUUUUGGGUAUUUAGAAGACAAAGUAAGUGCCUAUUUGUAAUAUUUCACAUGAUAAUUGAACGUAACAAAAUUAUGUUGAUAUCCAUGCUUACAUCCGAUAAAUUAUCAUGACUGAGUUUAAAGUGAUCAUUAUAAAAAAAAAAAAAAUUAAGUGCAAAAAGGUCAAGUUUAUUGUUCUACUGCUUAGUAUAACGUACAAUUUUCUUUCAAAUUUUUGAAUUAUGCUUUAUGAGUAGAAAAAUACACUUAUUAAAAAAUCCUUGACACAGUAGCAGAAUACCCUAAAUGUUAUUUGCAAUGGUUAAUGUCUAAAGAGAAUUUUUUUUUUCAUAAACUUUGUGAUACCGGUACAUGUUUUAUUGUGUUCUAGAUAAGUUUCUGCAUGUGUAAAGAUUUAGAAUGAUAAUCAAGUAAACUUUACGUAUGGAAUUGUUCGUUUUUAUUUUUUGUU